CCCCGCGGCCACCAUACCUCUACGCUCCGACCCUGAACGAUCUCUACACCUCCAGUACAGCGGUUAACGACUCCGAACUCUGUACACUUUCUGUUCUCUAUCCAGCCGACAUUCUCCAGAUAUCAGAGCUCGCCGGUCAAAGAGCUCUACACACUUUUGCAAAGAUGCCUCACGAGGACAAGUCCAUGGGAGCAGUCCUUGCUGCACAGGAUCCCAUUGUCCAGAGCCUCGUACGCGAGGAAGUCGACCAUGGAGUCCUUAUUCCCCUCAAGACAACUCUUGAACUAAGAGACGACCAUGUUACGGGCCGGGUACUGAUCACCCGAACUCCCGUCAAGUCGGCGAACCCUACUAUCAGCCUCUUGCGCGACAUGCUACCUGAGGAAAUCGUUAAGGGCGUUCCACAUCUACGCAGAUGCGCCAAGCCAGGCGACCUACCCGCCCACCUCAAGACCCAAUUCAUGAACGAAACACCCCAGAGCCGACAGAUCCACACGGGCAAAUCGAACUGGAUCUACAUCAUCCUCGGUCCCGAGUCCCAGCUGUCGCGUGACGAGCUGGUCCAGGCUCUCAAGACGAUCGAGGGACUGGAAGAAGACAUCUUCAUCCGCAGUGUCCCUGUUCCCAUGGUCGCUCCCACGUCGCAGAUUCAAGCCGCCAUGUGGUCCCAACACUUCUGGCCCACUCUUUACCGCAAGAAUAACCCUCUUGGACCGCACCCCGCCAUGGUAUCCCGAAGCACAGAAGAGAUUACAGACGAUGCUGCGAUAUGGAUGACACUGGCCCACCAGGUGGCCGAGCAGACCCAGGCCGCUGGUCACGGAGAACCCGUGGGAGCUUGUAUCGUCCAGCGCGAGGAAGGCAACAAAGUCACCCUUGUGGCCCUUGCUGCUGACGCUCGCUGGCGCUGCCAGGGGAAGACGGGAUGUACUGGGAACCCUAUGGCGCAUGCUGUCCUUCGUGCCAUCAGCAUGGUUGCCCAGAAGCUGGUGCGUUCGGAGAACAAGAGGACCGACACGUUCCAAACCCCAAUUCUCGAGUUUGAGGCCUUCCAAGACAAGCCUCUUCUUGACGACGAGCAAAAGGUCUUCGAGAUUGACCAUCCGUCUCCUGAUGGGUACCUCUGCCACGGGCUCGAGAUGUACCUUACGCAUGAGCCUUGCGUAAUGUGCUCCAUGGCCAUCCUUCACUCGCGCAUGGGCAAAGUCGUCUUUCGUCAUCGUAUGCCGUUAACGGGCGGGCUCUGCGCUGAGAACCGUGGCAGCGAUCACCCAUCGCUUAAUGGCGCGGAUGGUGGUCGUGGCCUUGGGCUGUUUUGGCGCCGAGAACUCAACUGGAGCUUGGUGGCCUGGGAAUGGGAGUCCAAUGGCUGUCUAAAGCCGCUGCCGGUCGACCAGAUGAUCCAUGCCUGAUGGUGUUGUAAACGAAGGAGGUGGAGUGGGUGGCAAGCAUUAUAGGAAACUGUUAUAAUC